AUGUGGCUUGGACCAUUUGUACCACGAGUGGCCGUCAAUCAUCCAUCCACGGUCAAAGCUAUUCUAACCACCACAGAACCAAAAGAUGAGUUCUUGUAUGGUAUGCUAAAACCAUGGCUGGGUGAUGGAUUAUUAAUAAGCAGCGGACAAAAAUGGUUUAGAAAUCGACGUCUUUUGACUCCUGGAUUUCAUUUCGAUAUUCUCAGACCAUAUGUACAGAUAUAUAACGACUGUGUAAAGACUAUGCUGGAUAAAUGGUCUAAUCUGUGUGAAUUAUCUAGCUCCAGGUCAUAUUCCAUAGAAAUGUUUGAAAAUUUAAGUUUGAUGACUUUGGAUAGUUUGUUGAAGUGUAUCUUCAGCCAAGAAAGUCACUGCCAAACCGCUAAAUCCCAAAAUCCAUAUAUAAGCAGUGUAUAUGCCUUAUCUCAUUUAAUAAGCGAGCGAAGUAGAUUUGUGCCUUACCACAGUGACAUCAUCUAUAACCUGUCAAUUAGUGGAUAUAAAUUCAGGAAAGCCCUCAGAGCAGUUCAUGGUUACUCUGCACGAGUUAUACAAGAACGAAAACAAGCCCUGCGGCAACGUGGGGAUGAUAAGCCAGCAAGAAAAUACAUCGAUUUUCUAGACAUUCUUUUGAGCGCAAAGGAUGAAGAUGGACAUGGUUUGUCUGAUAAGGAACUUCGGGAUGAAGUUGACACAUUUAUGUUUGAAGGCCACGAUACAACUGCCAGUGGGUUAUCCUGGUGUCUAUACAAUUUGGCUAAAUAUCCGGAACAUCAGCAAAAAUGCCAAGACGAAAUAGACACUUUGUUGGCCAAAACUAGAAAGAAAGACAUUGAAUGGGAAGAUCUAAGCAAAUUGUCGUAUACAAAUUUAUGUAUUAAAGAAAGUCUGAGGAUUAGAAAUCCUGUUCCAAUGAUAUCACGUGAAUUGAAAUCAUCUUUAACCCUUCCUGACGGCAGAGCUAUUCCUGCAGGAUAUAAUGUGUUAAUUGCCAUUAAUGCAUUACAUCAUAAUUCACUGGUAUGGGAUAAUCCUCUGGAGUUUGAUCCAUCCAGAUUCUUACCAGAAAAUUCGAAGUCGAGGUCUCCGUAUGCAUAUGUGCCAUUUUCUGCCGGGCCAAGAAAUUGUAUUGGACAAAAUUUUGCAAUGAAUGAGAUGAAAGUAGCCGUAGCAAGAACACUACAUAGAUUCGACCUUUCACCCGUACUGUCAAGACCACCACAGAGGGUAAAUAACAUCGUUCUCAGAUCAUCAAAUGGGAUUUACGUGCAAGUUACGCCGAGAAACCGAUAA